CUCGUCUUCCUGGGUUUCUAAGUUGCCGAGGGGGCACGGUCGGCUUCCGACUCGGAGAGGCUUGUGGCGGCGCCCGGGCGGCGAGGCCCGGAGGCAGCGGGCGGGAUGAACGGGGCGCGCGGCGGAGCGGUGCGGACGCUGCGGGUCCCGGGCCGCCACGGCUACGCGGCCGAGUUCUCCCCGUACCUGCCGGGCCGGCUGGCGUGCGCCGCAGCCCAGCACUACGGCAUCGCGGGCUGUGGGACCCUUCUCAUAUUGGAUCAAAAUGAAUCUGGGCUUAGACUUUUUAGAAGCUUUGACUGGAACGAUGGUUUGUUUGACGUGACCUGGAGUGAGAACAAUGAACAUAUCUUGGUCACUUGUAGUGGCGAUGGCUCGCUGCAGCUCUGGGACACUGCCAAAGCCACAGGGCCACUGCAAGUCUACAAGGAACACACUCAGGAGGUCUAUAGUGUUGAUUGGAGCCAAACCAGAGGUGAACAGCUUGUAGUGUCUGGCUCAUGGGAUCAAACUGUCAAAUUGUGGGACCCAACUGUUGGAAAGUCUUUGUGCACCUUUAGAGGCCAUGAAAGUGUCAUUUAUAGCACAAUCUGGUCUCCUCACAUCCCUGGUUGCUUUGCUUCAGCCUCAGGUGAUCAGACUCUGAGAAUUUGGGAUGUGAAGUCAACAGGAGUCAGAAUUGUGGUUCCAGCACAUCAGGCAGAAAUUUUGAGCUGUGACUGGUGUAAAUACAAUGAGAAUCUGCUGGUGACGGGGGCAGUUGAUUGUAGUUUGAGAGGCUGGGACCUGAGGAAUGUACGGCAACCCGUGUUUGAACUUCUUGGUCAUACCUAUGCUAUUAGGAGAGUGAAAUUUUCACCAUUUCAUGCUUCCGUUCUGGCCUCUUGCUCCUAUGAUUUUACUGUAAGAUUCUGGAACUUUUCAAAGCCUGACCCUCUUCUUGAAACAGUGGAACAUCAUACGGAGUUUACUUGUGGUUUAGAUUUAAGUCUUCAGAGUCCUACUCAGGUGGCUGAUUGUGCUUGGGAUGAAACAAUAAAGAUAUAUGAUCCUGUUUGCCUUACUAUGCCUGCUUGAGAUGCACUCCCCCAGUCAUAAGCAAAGGAGACUGGUUGAGAGCUACUUAAUAGGAAAUAAAUUAACUACCCAUAACCUAGAUAUUAUGCUUUUAUGUGCUAUUCAGAUUUCAAAUUUUUGAAAAUGUACCCUGAAAUCAGUUUUGACACAGUUGAUAAAGACUGUGGUUCACUAAUUAAGCCUGGUACAUAAGCAAUAUUUCUUAAAACAGUCCUAAGAAAUAAUUGAUGUUAUAGUACCUCUUGUAAUGUCUAUUAAAAUGUAAUCUCUGUAUUGUAAAAUGGAUUAAAAUAUGGAAGAUCUGUAGAUUAUAUUGAUAGUGACAUAUUUUAUUUUUAAUUUGUCAUUUUUGAUGUAAAAUAUAAUCACUGCUGUUGGUAAAAAUUAAAAUAAACUACAUUUCUCGAUUACUUAUGAUUCUAUGACAUCCUAGUAAGGUUGCUUUUUCUAAUAUUUAUAAAUGAAUACAAUACUAUAUAUAAUACAGAGGUAUCUGUGGUUCAGUGACAGGGCUCUGAUAUAGAUUUGAUUUAUUCAGCAAUACUUACUGAGCAUCUACUAUGUUCUUGACACAGACUGAAUGAGAUUAUCUCAAGGACUAGUGGCAUGUUUUAAGAACAUGGGAUGCUGUGAGUUAAAAGCUUAUGUUUUUUACAUUUAUUCAGCUCUUUUUAGAUGCUAUAACCUUGACCCUAUAUUUCUCUCUUCCUAUGUCUCUACUAUCAAAUGUUUUUUAAAAAACUGGUCACUGGGCAAAAAGUCUUAGGUCCUACAAAGUUUCAAGCAGUUACCCUUGAAACUCUCCCUAAGUGAUACUAUAACCCUCUUUAAAUUUCCUUGAAAACUCCCUAGGUGCAGAUGAUCUGCUAAAAAAAAAAUAGGCGGAAAGGGAAAAAUUGGUAAAACCAUCAACAUUGUAUUGCUUUUAUAUUUUUAUAUAAUGUUAAAGUAAAAUGUUAUAAAAGGAAAAAA